GAAAGCAAAACGUGAACUACAAUGUGAAUACAUACAUGUAUGAGAUGGAGAGGGUUUGUAGGGUUGUUAGAGGGGAGUGAGUUUGUAUUUUUCUCCGAUUUAGCCUACCUAAUGUUGUCAUCGUGGAGAUGUAUUUUAACCCGAGUUAAUAUUAUUAUUAUAAAAGUUAAUAAGAAUUCGUUUAACCAGGAAAACAGCUUCAGGACAUGAAAGUGUUGUUGAAGAUUGUUGGGCUGGAUUUAGAAGAGGGGUUCACUACAAGGGAACAACAUUGUUCUUGAAUGAAUUAAGAAAGUCUAAACCAAGGAAUUGAACCAGCAACCCUUUGGGUCCAAGGCUGCAUCUCUAACCUUCAGGCCAGAACAGGCUGUUUGAGAUGACUUCUCAGAGUUUUCAGGGCAACAAGGACAGUAUAACCCCAGUUCAGCAGAUGGUGGCUUCUUGUUCUGGGGCUUUGCUCACGUCAUUGUUUGUUACUCCUCUAGAUGUCAUAAAGAUCAGACUCCAGGCACAGACCAAUCCUUUAGUGAAAGGUAAAUGUUUUGUGUAUUGCAAUGGCCUGAUGGAUCAUAUAUGCAUGUGUGAAAAUGGGAACGGGAAAGCCUGGUACAAACCUCGAGGUCAUUUUAACGGCACGCUGGAUGCCUUCAUCAAGAUUGUACGCAUGGAAGGGAUCAAGUCGCUGUGGAGUGGCCUCCCUCCAACACUAAUUAUGGCAGUUCCGGCGACAGUGAUCUACUUCACCUCUUAUGAACAGCUCUGUGCUGCUCUCAGGCUCCGAAUGGGAGAAAGGGCAGACAUGGCACCGCCGUUAGCUGGCGCAUCAGCUAGAGUGGGUGCCGCGACUCUGAUCAGUCCGUUAGAGCUGAUCCGCACUAAGCUGCAGUCAGAGAAGCAGUCGUACAGACAGCUGAGCACUGUGAUCCGCUCGGCCGUACGCACUGAAGGCUGGCUCGCUCUCUGGAGGGGUCUCGGGCCUACGCUGUUCAGGGACGUACCGUUUUCAGCUAUGUACUGGUACAGCUAUGAGAACGGUAAAGCCUGGCUGUGUCGCUACAACAAGACGACUGAGCCAACUUUCAGCAUCGCCUUCAUCUCAGGAGCGGUGUCCGGCUCUAUCGCAUCAAUCGUAACACUGCCGUUUGACGUGGCGAAGACCAGGAGGCAGGUGGAACUGGGUGAACUGCAGGCGAGGAGAUUGUCACCCCAAGCUUCAGCUUCAACCUAUAAUGUGAUGAAAAGAAUCGUGGCAGAGAGCGGCGUUAAAGGGCUAUUUGCAGGUUUCAUGCCUCGGCUGAUAAAAGUGGCUCCAGCUUGUGCUAUAAUGAUAAGCAGUUAUGAGUUUGGCAAGGCCUUCUUCCGCAAACAGAACCAAGAGAGCGGACGAGUUCUCACGCUACAUAACACCAGCACCUAAUUACGCCAUCUGUGACACACACACACACACACUCUCUCUCUCUCUCUCUAAAACUUUAAACACACACUUUUCCAGACAAAUAAUAGAUCCAUAAAUUCCAUGUGUGAAGAAAUUUUGGCACCCUAAAUACCUUCACGUUUAGCUUUAUGGAUAAAAAAUAAAUCACUCUGAUAAACCUGUAUGAUGCAUGUUUGAGAAUUACACAGCAAUAAAAGCAAACACUUAAAUAAUUAAGUUAUUCCAUGACAUUGAGUCAUACGUGAGCCGAAAGCUGACGAAGCGCGUAACAUCAAGUUGGCUAUAAGCCAUGUACGAUGAGUGAGUGGAAUAACUGUUUUAUUCUAUCCACAUUCACUGGAUUUUGGGAAACGGAGCAUUUUCAUUUUUAGUUUUUUGCAAAUUCAAUAAAUAAAAAUUUUAUACAAAACAUCCGACAAAACCAUUUCCACUCAGAAUGUAAACAAACCGGCGAAAUGACAAUAGCAAUUCAUGAAAAAUGAUAUAAUUAUUAUUUUUUUUUUUUUUAAAGAUACGUUCUUGUCAUCAAAUACUUUUAUUCCAUAUUUUGAUGCUUUUGGGGGGGGGUUCAAAUAGUUUUUAUUUCGUCCUCGGUUGGCUCAGCAACACGCGCUGCCAUUUUGUUUUUCUCUACUCAUGGUAUAUGAGCUGAUAUCCUAGUAGUAGAGUAGCCAAUCAGAGUGCGCGAUUGCUCAUCCAGUGAAUGUGGACAGAGUAAUGCUGAAUAUUUCAUAUCUGAAGUAUAGUACUUGUACUUUGUGUCCAGUUAUAUUGUAUUAGCUGUAUUGCUAAUGUCUUCAUUGUGGAAACGCUUCUAUAUUAUUUUGGUGCAUAGAAAUAGACUUAUUUUCAUUAAGUCUAUUUCAAGCCAUCCAAGUAAGAUGCACUAUAUCCGAAGCUCAUUUUCAUGUCAGGAUGUGAAUGCAUCUUAUGCAUUUGAUCAAUUAUGAUUAAAUACUUUGAAUGAUAUUA